AAAUCCCAUCCAGAGAUUAUCGAAGCAACGAGCGCCGCUCCCCUUCACCCCUCCGCCUCCCUCCAAAACUCAAAUUGACCUAGCGAGAAGCAGAAGAGGCGAAGAGUGAUAACGAACCUCUCCCACAUCGAUUUCCCCAAAUCGCCUGGCGCGAUGACCACGGCAGGAGAGGUGGAUUCGGCAGCAGGAGGUGAGGACCUGGAGCCGCUCUUCGACUACAAGCGAGUGCAGCCCAGGAUGACGUUCUGCUUUGACGACAGCGACUUGGAGGUGGCCGACAUCUUCAAAUACUGCAACAAGCGCCCAAAGGUCCACACCUCCACGGAGGAGGAGGGUAAGCCUGACGAGGAGGUCGCCGCUGCCAAGGUGGUGGUCCUCGAUGAGGAGGAUUGGUUGCAGCCACCGCCACCCAAGGCCGCAUUCAGGGCAACGGCAGAGGAAGAUAGUGCGUUUCGGGAACUGAGGUUGAAGAAACAAGAGUGGGCAAAAUUCGCUGAAUCAGCUGAGGAUAUAUUGCAAAAGCUGGAUGAAAUCACGAACAAAGAAGUUGGUCCCAAGGAACCACCUGAACAGAUAAUUCUAGAUGAGGAGUCUGAACCUCAAGUCGAGAAAGCCAGGGAAAAGAUAGUCAUAUCAAUCCAGGACAAGGAUGGGCAGCAACAGAUGCGUGUAUACAAGGACGAAAAGUUCGACAAGCUUCUCAAGGUGUACGCCAAGAAGGCAAAGCUCAACCCAUCUGAUCUGUCUUUUGUGUUUGAUGGUGAGAAGAUUAAUCCAUCAUCUACACCUCAGGACCUUGAUCUGGAGGACGAAGACAUGAUUGAGGUGCGUCGUAAGCAGAGUUGAGGUCAUCCUCGAUAUAUGCUGGUUUAGACAAACUCAGCCUUUUCGCUGUCUUCUUUUGCUUCCAACAAAGGCUUAUUUGUCUAUAUAUCAUAUAACAAAGACGUUGAGGCCAUCCUUGAUAUAUGCGUGAAACCCUCGAGAUAUAUUGCAGCUGUACCGUGUACGUGGGGGUUUGGUUGGC